CCAAACACUACGGAGGACCCAACAUAUAAAAUGAGCCAAGAGACAGCGAUUGCGAACUUCAAGAAAUUCCAAGAGUCAUGGAUCGAGGCGCUACGACAUCACCUGAACCACCUCCGGUCUGCCCAAAAUCACCACCGGAACUCUGCUACCGGCGACGAGGAACGGCUGAGGGAAGCGGUUGAGAGUGUGAUGGAACACUUUAGAGCGUACCACAGGGCGAAGUGGGCGACGACGGAGAAAGACGUGAUUGGUGUUAUGGCUGCUCCUUGGUCUUCCGCUCUUGAACGCUCGCUCCAUUGGGUCGGUGGUUGGCGACCAACCACCUUGUUUCAUCUGGUUUAUACUGAGUCCAGUAUUUUGUUCGAGUCUCGUAUCGUUGAUAUACUUCGUGGCUUUCGUACCGGUGAUCUUAGCGAUCUCUCUCCUUCUCAGUUCAGGAUUAAAUUUGUCAAAGGCAGGACGGUGAGUGAGAUACAAUGUGAGACGGUGAAGGAAGAGAACGCGAUAACGGAAGAGUUAUCGGAGUGGCAAGACGAUGCGAGCGAACUCGUCAUGGGAACAUCAUCCGACUCCGACCAGAGGAUCCGACGUCUAGCAGAAAUCGUUCACCAAACCGAUGAUCUACGGAUGAGAACGAUCACACGCGUGGUGGAACUCCUUAGUCCGCUCCAACAAGCGGAGUUUCUUAUCGCUGCUGCUGAGCUUCGUAUGGGCGUUGCUGGCUGGGGGACUAGCCACGACCGUCGUCGAAGUUCCAACGUUUGAAAGCUAAUUAAAAACGGUACUUUAAAAAAAGUAAUGGGAAUUGAGAGGAAAAAAAAAGUUAUAGUUUUCUUUUGAUAUUAAUUAUAUGUUUUUUACCAUGUUUUGGUUAUCCACUCAAACUGUACGUGAGAGUUUGGUUUUUACAUGGUUAUGAAAUAUAUAUUAUGUCUGUCCGGUUGCAAUAAAGAUCAACUUAUGUGAGUGCUUGUUAG